AUGGCAACUUUCAAACAGCAUUUCUCAGAUGACCAGACUCACCAGUACAUGCAGCUCAAUUUCCUUCGCAAACAGAAGUUCCAGAGAAGUUUGCUUUACAAAGUUUUAGGAUGUCGGCUUGAUGAGAAACGCUUCCAAAUGAACAAGGAGAACAAAACGCCUCAAGAGCUCCCACAGCAGUUACUUCGACGACCCCCUGCAAUGAAUUCCUCAAUUCCUCAACUUCCAGAAGAUGAAGAUGUCAACUGGUCUUCUGAAAAAUUUGACCGAUUUAGUACCAUGCAUGAAUAA